AUUAGCCAAAUAGCUAAUUUUCAACUACUGUCCUUUAUGUCACAAUGCACAUAGCAUGUAAAGGUGGUCUGAAAUGUCUAUGACAAAAAAAUUACAAAGCUAAAAACUGAUCAGUGCAUUGCUGGUCUGUUAGGACCUGUAUGUCACAAGUCAGAUUCAAGCGUGACGAGAAACUGGUUUUCUUAUAUUUAGGCCUAAUAUUGAAACAGUAAAACUGUGAAACUUCCACUAGUCUCUUGAGUAGUUCUACUACUGAGAGAUCCUGAGUAAUGUUUUGGAAUAACAGAAGAAAAUUGUGACAGGCCUCUAAUUUAAAAUGAGAUCCGUUGCACUUUUACGACGGUCUCUUACUUCGUGUCCAUCACAAGUGCAACACAAGGCGAGAUUUAUCACGCACAACAGACGAGAAGUGAUACCAAAUGGUACAACGUAUUGACAAUAAACCUCAGCGGCUGUGUGAAGAACAUCAAACCGGGUAAGCUACACUUCCAGCAGCGGGUGCUGCAGUGCCGGCUGCGUUGCUAGUCGGAGGCAGAGGACGGGUCGGAGUGGGGGUAGUCAGCUAAGGAGCUUACAACGCGGCCAGCAGGCCCACGGUCGAACAGAUGCGAAGAAUGGACGGCUUCACCAUCGCAGCGAAACAUGGCAUAUAAAGGGAGGCGUUGUUCGGUACUGCUGACAUCGACAUAACUGGAUCAGACCUCCUGAAGGAAUGUUCACCCUCACAGAAGUAGCAUCCCUGAAUGACAUCCAGCCAACCUAUCGAAUACUGAAACCAUGGUGGGAUGUCUUCAUGGAUUAUCUUGGUAUUGUCAUGUUGAUGUUGGCCAUAUUCUCUGGAACGAUGCAGUUAACUAAGGACCAAGUGGUUUGUCUUCCCAUUCUGGAACAAACUCCAGAGGGGGUUGGAGGCUUCUUAGGACCCCAACCACCAGAGACAGCUGACAGUUUAUGGAACAAAGAAAGCGCCAUUGGAGAGCAAGCAGCUCCGUUAAUGGCUAAAAGGCCUCCUGAUGGCAUCACCCCUUCAAUUCGCUUCACCCAAUCGAGUGCUUUUGGCCAGCCUCAACCUACGGGUGUCAGGACCAAGCUGGAUUUUCAGCAAUAUGUUUUUGUCAAUCAGAUGUGCUACCAUGUUGCCCUUCCCUGGUAUUCCAAAUAUUUUCCUUACCUCGCUCUAAUUCACACUAUUGUGUUGAUGGUCAGUAGCAACUUCUGGUUCAAGUAUCCAAAGACAAGUUCCAAAAUAGAACAUUUUGUUUCCAUACUGGGAAAAUGUUUUGAAUCACCAUGGACUACCAAAGCACUGUCUGAGACCGCAUGUGAGGAUUCAGAGGAGAACAAGCAGAGACUGGCCGGUGCCUCCUCUCUCCUAAAGCAUCUGUCCACAAGCAGUGAGGAGGGGAGUCCAAACCAGUCCGCACCAAUGCUGAAUAAAUCUGGGGUGACGUUUUCUGUUGAAAAGCUUGUGAGUGAAGUUCCCUCCAUGACCAUACUGGACAAGAAAGACGGUGAGCAAGCAAAAGCCUUGUUUGAAAAAGUCCGUAAAUUCCGUGCCCAUGUAGAAGAUAGUGAUUUGAUUUACAGGCUGUAUGCCAUUCAGACAGUCAUCAAAACGGUCAAAUUUAUUCUGAUUCUAUGCUACACAAUGACUUUUGUUGCCUCUAUAGAUUUUGACCAUGUAUGUGAGCCGGAAAUAAAGCAUUUGACUGGAUAUACCAAGUUCCAUUGUACGCACAACAUGGCAUUCAUGUUAAAGAAACUCCUUGUUAGUUAUAUUGCUAUUAUAUGUGUUUAUGGCAUAAUCUGUAUAUACACACUUUUCUGGCUUUUUCGGCGACCACUUAAGGAGUAUUCCUUUGAAAAAGUUAGAGAGGAGAGCAGCUUCAGUGACAUUCCAGAUGUUAAGAAUGACUUUGCGUUCCUCCUCCACAUGGUCGAUCAGUACGACCAGCUGUAUUCAAAGCGUUUUGGGGUUUUUCUCUCUGAGGUGAGUGAGAACAAACUUCGGGAAAUCAGUCUGAACCAUGAGUGGACCUUCGAGAAGUUGCGACAACAUGUGACGCGCAAUUCUCAAGAAAAGUUGGAACUCCAUCUUUUUAUGCUCUCUGGAGUCCCAGAUGCUGUGUUUGAUCUCACUGAUUUGGAAAUCCUUAAACUAGAAUUAAUCCCAGAGGCCAGGAUAACAGCUAAGAUCUCACAAAUGAUAAACCUCCAGGAGCUUCACUUCUAUCACUGUCCAGCCAAAGUUGAACAGACUGCUUUCAUUUUUCUUCGCGAUCACCUUCGGUGCCUUCAUGUCAAAUUCACUGAUGUUGCUGAGAUUCCUAGCUGGGUGUACAUGUUGAAAAAUUUGAGGGAACUGUACUUGGUUGGUAACCUGAACUCUGAAAAUAACAAAAUGAUCGGACUCGAGUCUCUACGAGACCUUAGGCACUUAAAGAUUCUGUAUCUCAAGAGCAACCUCACAAAGAUCCCAACAAACAUAACAGAUCUGUCUCCACAUCUGAUCAAGUUGGUUGUUCAUAAUGAUGGUACAAAGCUGUUAGUGCUGAAUAGUUUGAAGAAAAUAAUGAAUCUUGCCGAACUGGAGCUUCUGAACUGUGAGCUGGAGAGAAUCCCUCAUGCUAUCUUUAGUUUGACCAACCUUCAGGAAUUGGAUCUAAAAUCCAACAACAUUCGUACCAUUGAGGAAAUCAUCAGCUUUCAGCACCUUAAGAGACUGACUUGCCUGAAACUUUGGCACAAUAAGAUCAUCACCAUUCCAUUGUCAAUUAGCCAUGUCAAAAACCUUGAGUCACUCUAUCUCUCACACAACAAGCUCGAGUCUCUACCCUCAUCGUUAUUCACUCUUCUCAAGUUGAGGUACCUCGAUGUUAGCCAUAACUCUAUAGUGGUAAUACCACUGGAGGUUGGCUUUCUUCAGAACCUCCAACAUUUUGCCAUUACAGGCAACAAAGUCGAGGUAGUUCCCAAGCAACUGUUCAAGUGCACCAAACUGAGGACCUUAUGUCUCGGCCACAACUGUAUCUCCUCGAUUCCAGAAAAAAUUGGCCAACUUUUGCAGUUGACACAUCUGGAACUGAAGGGAAACUGUCUGGAUCGUCUCCCAGCUCAGCUUGGUCAAUGCUGCCUCUUGCGAAGGAGCUGUCUGAUUGUGGAGGAUCAUCUCUUUGAUUCACUCCCCAUGGAGGUCAAAGAGAGCGUCAAUCAGGAAACUAGUGUUUCUAUUACAAAUGGUUGUAAGUGUCUAAGUGAGGGGCGGUAGUCAAAUCCUACCAUCAAAUAUUGUACAUUUCAUCAUAAGUAUACAGAUGUCUUUUUUGAAUCAUGUCAUUAGAAACAGUAGUUCAGGAUACAGUACUGGUAUGCUUCACGAUUUUUAGCAGCUUCUAAAAUGAACACACCACAGCACAUACAAGGUUGGUACCACUGGAGAAACUUUAAAUGAACUCCAGAAAUUAUCAUGGCUUAUGACAUAUAUUUAUAUACAUAUAUUUAUUUUUCUUAUUUUUAUUUGGUUUUUGGUUUAUGUAGGUGCAUAGUUGCAGUCAAAUCACUGCUUAUAUUUUUUACUUUUUGUAUGCAAAAAUAUCUAUAAUAGAGCAAUGGAAAUUUGUGUAAUUUUGAAAUAAUCCACCUUUUUAUCUCAUUUUUCAUUUGUUUUUUUGUUGUUUUUUUUUUCAGAUUAACUAUUGCAUAUAUAUUUGAUUGACCUCAGCUUAAAGAGAUUGUUUACUCAAAAUACAUCUCACUUUCCUGUAAUGGUAUGUGGCCAUGCAGACACUUUUGAUUUUGGUUUUAUUGAAACCGCAGAGUCUAAGAGUCUAACUCUGUGGUGCUAAGUGCAAUAAAAUUAAAUGUUAUAUGUGAAAAAGUUCAACAGCAACAUUUCUUUCCACAACAACAUAUUCAUUAACCUCAGUAAGACCUUGCAGAUGUUUUUACACCUACAUUUGAUCAAAUUAAUAUUCAUAGUGAAACCUGUUUACAGAGUGUGUACAAGUGCUUUGAUUAUUUGAGUGACCGGACAUUAUUCUGGAAAGAAAUGUUGCUGCUGAAAUGUUUAAUGCUGUAAACAUCAUACAUAAAAUUGGGUGCACUGAUGCUUAAACUAUGGUUUAUUUAAGAAAGUCUCCACUUCACAGGGAAGGCUGCUAAAAGUAUUUGAAAGCUCCAUGAAAAGAUAAUAAGUGGACCUCGGGUAAAGAUUAUUAUUGCCUACUACUGCUUUCAAGGUCAAGCAUGACUCUUUAUAACUACAGUACAGACCAUACAAAGAACAAACUGAAGAACUCUGUAGGUAUAACCGUAUUAUUAACUGUAUGCAUUCCAGUUUGAAUAUGCUUGUAAUACGUUUUCAAAUGAAAUACCCAAAAUAAAGGGUCCUUUUUGAUGCUUUUUCUUUCUUCCUGAAAGGUACUGAAUCACGCCAUCGCUACCACUAUUUGAUAUAGCUGUUUUUUUUUAAAGGAGUACACAGUAGAUUGUUUUCUUUCUUGUGUACAGCCAACCCACAAUGACUUUUUUCAUUAGUUGUAAUUUUGCUCUCAUGUUUAAUUAUCUUUUAUUAUAUCUCUCCCCUGAUACUGUAUUUAUGAGGUAUUUUGUGUGCUCUUUGUUUGUAUUUAUUAUCUCCUUGUGUUUUAUCUGUCCUCUGCACAACACUUUAUCAGUCUGGUUUUAAAAUGUGCUAUAUAAAUAAAGGAAUUAUUUAAUAUA